AACAACGGCAAAACGAUUCUGAAAAAGCCCCAGAUUUGACAGCAUCUCGCUCGCCGGACACCGUUGUUUUCCGGUUGGGACACCAUCUGGAUCACCGGGACACAGACAAACGCUGUCACGCGCCGGGGGUCGCAAUUUUAUUGUUCAAGGCAGAGUGGGUGGGUUUCACCGAUAGCUGCUAACGUUAGCUAGCCAGGCGAGCUAAUAGGAGCUAGUCAACGUAACGCUCCGUGAAGAAGAGCGAGCUGCGGGUUGAGGAAGACCUUUCGGGCCAGGCCGCUGCAGCUCGGGGGAAUGUGAACCAGGAGGGGAGCGCAGGGGGGUUUGCUCGCUUCGUCCCGAGCGUCCUUACACCAAACUACCGGGAUGGGGCAGCAGGUAGGCCGCGUCGGUGAGAGCACAUCGACCGGACUCCAGCCACCACAGCCCCACGCGUCCCAACCGCACCAAGGGAAGGGGAAUCGGGGGAGCGGCGCCGGGAGGAGACCCCGGGAACCCGGCAGCAGCAGCACCGGGACACCGCCUGGCAGGACCGCUGCAGUGAACGUGCCCGACCCUUCGAUCAACGUCUUCACACUUCAUUCAGAAGCUCUCCACCGGCCUUUCGGCCUGGACUCGGCAGCGCUGACGGAGGCGGUGCGCUGGAGCUCCAAGGAGAACCUGCUCGGGGCGGCCGAAAGCGACCCGAACCUCUUCGUUGCACUUUAUGACUUUGUCGCCAGCGGAGACAACACACUCAGCAUCACUAAAGGUGAGAAGCUGCGUGUGCUGGGCUACAACCAGAAUGGAGAGUGGAGUGAAGUGCGCUCUAAGAACGGCCAGGGUUGGGUGCCCUCCAACUACAUCACGCCGGUCAACAGUCUGGAGAAGCACAGCUGGUACCAUGGGCCUGUGUCGCGCAGCGCCGCCGAGUACCUGCUCUCGUCCCUCAUCAACGGCAGUUUCCUGGUCCGGGAAAGCGAGAGCAGCCCCGGACAGCUGUCAAUUUCUCUUCGCUAUGAGGGGAGGGUCUACCACUACCGGAUCAACACCUCCUCGGAUGGAAAGGUGUAUGUGACAUCUGAGAGUCGUUUUGCCACUCUGGCCGAGCUGGUCCAUCAUCACUCCACUGUAGCCGAUGGCCUGGUCACCACCCUGCACUACCCAGCACCCAAAUGUAACAAGCCCACAGUGUAUGGUGUGUCCCCCAUCCACGACAAGUGGGAGAUGGAACGCACGGAUAUCACCAUGAAGCACAAGCUGGGAGGAGGCCAGUAUGGAGAGGUGUACGUGGGAGUGUGGAAAAAGUACAACCUAACGGUGGCUGUCAAGACACUCAAGGAGGAUACCAUGGAAGUUGAAGAAUUUCUGAAAGAAGCAGCCGUUAUGAAGGAGGUUAAACACCCAAACCUCGUUCAACUACUUGGUGUGUGUACGCUGGAGCCUCCGUUCUACAUCGUAACAGAGUACAUGCCACACGGCAACCUACUGGACUACUUGAGAGAUUGUGACAAGGAGGAGGUGAACGCUGUGGCGCUGCUCUACAUGGCCACACAGAUCUCCUCUGCCAUGGAAUACCUGGAGAAGAAAAAAUUUAUACACAGGGAUCUCGCAGCGAGGAACUGUCUGGUCGGGGAGAAUCACGUUGUGAAGGUUGCAGACUUUGGCCUGAGCAGGUUGAUGACGGGUGAUACUUACACGGCUCACGCUGGGGCCAAGUUCCCCAUCAAAUGGACUGCACCAGAGAGCCUCGCAUACAACACCUUCUCAAUCAAGUCUGAUGUCUGGGCAUUCGGGGUGCUGCUUUGGGAAAUCGCCACCUAUGGCAUGUCUCCAUACCCUGGAAUCGAUCUCUCUCAGGUCUAUGACCUCCUGGAGAAAGGUUACCGCAUGGAACAGCCCGAGGGAUGCCCACCCAAAGUCUAUGAACUCAUGAGAGCAUGCUGGCAGUGGAGCCCAUUGGACCGGCCUUCGUUUGCGGAGAUCCACCAAGCCUUUGAAACAAUGUUCCAUGACUCCAGCAUCUCUGAAGAGGUAGCAGAGGAGCUCUGUAAGACGGCCUCCUCUGGUCACGGCGGACCACUGCACCCUUUCAGUCACGACAUGCCCCUGUUGCCUUCCAAAUCUCGCACACUCCACAAGCACACAGAAAACAAGGAAAACAUUGAGGGUGGACUCGACGGACGAUCUGACCAUGGCACGCACGGUCACUCAGAGAGAACCAUGCCAAGCUGGGCUUCUACCUUGUUAGGAGGGGAUGGCCGAUCAGGCAGCUCCCCGGCUCUGCCCAGAAAACAGCAGCCGCGAGAGAAAUCUCCCGGCAGCCUUUUAGAGGACGCACAGGAUAUGGGCACAUUUACGCGAGACCGCAAGACUGGCUUCUUUAGCUCCUUCAUCAAGAAGAAAUCUUCCUCUUCGUCCUCCUCGCCGUCAUCUCGGCUCCAACAGAACCUCCCGACGCCGCCCAAGCGGAGCAGUUCUUUCCGGGAGAUGGAGACGCAGCCUCACAAGAAAUACGAGCCCACCGCUGAUUUCAGCGCUCCUCCUCCCCAACCCCACUCGGACGGUCUCGGUGGCUUCUCCGCCUCGCCCUCCCACUCCCACGCAGAACCCACCCAGCCUCAGUCACGCUGCUGUGGGGCUGCUUUCGGACAGAAGCCCUCUGGCGGGGGGCUUGCUUCGCAGGUGACGAGCGGCGGCGGUUGGAGUGGGUUGGCUGGGUUUUUUACCCCUCGACUCAUCAAAAAGACCCUUGGGCUACGGACAGGAAAGACUACCUCUACAGAGGAGACCGGGAGUAUAGCAGGAGGGCCUAAACCCUUUCCGAGGUCCAAUUCAACCUCCUCAAUGUCAUCUGGGCUGCCAGACCUGGAGCACAUGGCUCUGACUUUACCCAGGAACCGCAGUGCUAAGCCCCCCCUCGAGAGGACUGCCUCCACAAGCUCCCAGCCAGAGAACGGGGCUGCGCAGCCCUCGGAAACUCUGCAGAGGAGGACGGACGAGGGGACGGCACAGAUCAGGGAAAGGCCCAAAGCCAAGCUAUUACCCCGAGGUGCUGCCGUAGGGGUGAGGGCGCCGGGGGUCGGGGGCGAGGUGGGGGAAUCGGACAGUCUGUCUCGGGUCAAAGAGAGCCGAGAGGAGAGUGGGGGAGGACCGGACAGGCAGCAGUGCUGGUCACCUCCCUCGAAGACUUCGAGUUCAAUCGCUGCAUCGGCCCCAGCGGGUGCGCCGACUCACAACCACAAAGUUCCGGUCCUGAUCUCUCCCACGCUGAAGCACAGCCCAGCUGACGUGCACCUGGUCGGACUGGACUCUCAGGGGAACCGCUUCAAGCUGCUGUCGGAGCACCAAGCGGACCGGGACAGGCCGCGGCUCGUGAAGCCCAAGUGUGCCCCUCCGCCGCCCCCCACCCUCCGCAGCCUGCAACACUCCUACAGUGGCGACGGAGAGGAGCAGGUAGGAGCGCCGGCGGAGGUAAACGGAGACACGCCGAAAGGUCACAGGUCGGGGCGAAUGUCGGGCGGCGCGGCGACGGGCAGACCGUCCAUGCCGCCGCCACAAGUGCCUCCUGCAUCGUCGUCCUCCUUCUCGCCGUCCUGCCCCGCCGCCCCCAACACGACUCCCACCAAAAUGUCCAACGGUGCCGCCACCACCGCCGGUUCCAAAGUGGCACUGCGGCGAACCAGGCAGCAGGCGGAGCGGGCGCCCCUGGAGCGGGUCAGUCGCGUGGCCCUGCUGGAGUGCGCCGAGUGCCUGAGCAGCGCCCUGCACGCCAGCUCCGAAAGCCCGUCCAGCAGCCAGGUGCUGGACGCGGGCCACCAGCUGCUCGACCACUGCUCGGGUUACGUGGACUGCAUCCCGCAGAUGAGGAACAAAUUUGCCUUCCGGGAGGCGGUGGGGAAGCUGGAGCUCAGCCUGCAGGAACUGAGGGCCUCGUCCUCAGGGGGCGGGGGGCCCAACACCGUCCAGGACAACCUGCACAGCUGCAUUAAAGAGAUUAGUGACGUAGUCCAAAGGUAGCCACUGUGACGACACCAACCGUCACCCCGAACUACCAUCAGACUGAUGUUCGGGUACUUUUGACAGCUUUUUGGGGGACGCAAUGAGACGAAUGUCUCCAGUACCUCAGAGAAAUCACAACGAAAUGUAUUCUUUCUACUGUUUACAAACGACUGUUUCAUAAAAUGCCAGUGUGGACACUAGUUUUGCUCUGACCUGUAAGUAUUUAGAAACGUUCGCACCAAACUAAAAUGUGGUUUCAGUCACACCAAGAGAUGUUUAGCCCCUCGCCUCCACCCGGCCGUAAGAAAGGCCUCUUGGCGAAAUGAAUGUGGAGGGUACCGGCCGCGUGUAGCCGGCCCAGAGAGUCAAGAACGGCGGCGGCUGUGCGAAGCCUUACUGAGAACACCAGACAACGGUUUCACUGACGAAGCUCGAACAAUGUUUCACAAAUGAGUGAAUCAUCAGUCGGGUGUACUGUGAUUCACAGUUUAGUAUUUUGCUCCGUGUCUGGGGAACUAAGCGACCAUAAGCCAUUUUCUUAAAGCCAUUAUGUUCUAAAGGAUUGGAAACGACAUCACGAUGCAAGGUUUUGAGGUCUCAAUUUGCAGUUUCAUUCUGUGUGCCGAAUUUCGUUUUUGUGUUUAACUUAUUUUCAUGUUCAUGACGGUAUUUUAAAAUCGAUUAAUAAAAUGUGGUCAAAUAUCAAAACCGCCCCACAACCGCUCCUGUCGACAUCGGACUUAAAGCCUCGUUUCUGAGGAUGAUCAAACUGUUUUGAUGCAGCCGUUUCCACGCGGCCACACAAGUGUACAUUUUUAGUAUUGCCAAAUACAGGCUUAUCAAAUCUUAAAAGAUUAAUUUGAUUUGUCGUAUGCACAGCAUUCGUCUUUGCGUCAGUGUUGUGACUCGUGUUCUCACGUCAACACAGUGCCACACGAAUGGGGGAAAUCCCCAGUCUCCGAAAGCAUUUCAAUAUUUAUGUCCAGCUAUCCUUGCACACUACAUUUCUUCCUUCUAGGAUGGAGCAUAAAAGAGUGGGAGGAGGGGGGGAGCACAGGGUAGCGCAUGAGCAGGUGAAUUGGAACAAUUAUUCUAAAAGUGUCCCGAGUACGGACAGAGCUGGAUUCCCUGUCGCCUUGUCGUGUCCUCAGUGCCUCAAAUUCUUCCGUGUAUGAACACUGCGAAAUGCAGAGACCUACUUUACCCGAAUCACACAGUACUGAACUGUCAACAAAAACAACUGCAGUACGUCUUCAGCACAUCAGUGAGUUUUACAUUAUUUGGUUCAAAGAAAAAUGCUUUUUAGAAUGUCUGUCUGAACUUGAAUUUUAAAUUAUUCCUGAUUUUUCUUUUUUUUCUUUUAUUAAAAGCACAGACCUAUUUUGAGAGAAAUGUUAUGUAAAUAUUUGGUUUAUUUCAUAUGCGGGAAACUAAAGAUGUAUGUGGGGUUACAGCAUUAAGAGCAAUGUUUUUGGCUGAAGAGAGGUAUUGCGAGACAUCGGCUCAUCCACCCUGAUCUGAAUAUCUGCUUCGUGAAUGUAUUAUUCUUCUAUUCUGAACCCAGUCGAAUGUUCAUCUGCAUGACUAUAAUUUUUUUUUAGGUGACGUUUUUUUAAAUUAUUUAUUAUAUCUUUUUUAUUUUUAUUGGUCCAGACGUCAAAUUUUGGCCACACUAAAUAAUAAGUCCAGAAACGGCUGCUCUGUUUUUUUGAGCACAAACCAAACUCGCUUUGGCUCACAUCAUAUUGUACACUGGAUAAGGCCUCAGACACAUUGGUUCGUUGACACAUGUUGCAUAUGAAUACUACAAAAUCUAAAUCGGUAAACACUGCAGGUCCAGAACACUUUCAAAAUGCCUGUUAAUGACACUUGAUGCAUUUCCAAGUAAAUGUUUUGUCCACUUGUGUUUGUGAUGCGUUUUUCAUGUCAUCAUUUCAUGUUGUGUGUCCGUAUUUAUGUCCAUUUUCUUGCCAAACGGGAUCCCUUUGAGACAAGCUGAUGACUCGUGUCUAUUCACUGUGAGUUUCAAAUAACACGGACGGAAAAAAAAAUGCCAUCGUUUCUUUCAUGAUUCUUGGUGCCUUUUUUGUGAACAAACGAUGUAUGUACAGUACACUAUCACUGCAAGAAUCCAAAAGUAUGGCAAUGUUAAAGUGUUACGUGUUUUCUUUCCUUUGCCAUGAGAUUGUGAUAAGCGUAUCACGGCAGCAUGCAUCUCUGUCAUUUUGGAGGUUGAUGGUCAGAUGCAAACUUGAAACCAAAAGGUGCACUUUGUCUUUGAAGAUUAUGUAUUUAGAUACUCUGACAAAUGACACGUGAGUCUGCUGCACUAAACCCGAGCUGCUGUGAUGUCUCAUAAUCUGAUCACAUCGAAGGUUUUGUCGAAAUUUCUCUUUCGAGUUGCCGAGCAAACUUUUUCUGUUGAUGUGGACAGUGCAUCUCUGUGGAGCAGGUUUUUCCAAAAAGCCUUAUCGAGACACAUGUAACCUCCCAGAGUCGACACGUUUCCAGUCUGGACUGUUUUUAAAGAAAUAAAAGAUGUUGAUUUUUUUUAAACAAUAUUUACAGAGUCAAUAAAUUGAUUUGGUACCAAUGUUUUUUCCUGGAAUCUGAUAUCUGAACGGACGCUGUUCAAUAUUUGAGCUGACCACACAUUUUUCUGCUUAUUCUCUAUCGGUCUUCUACAUUGUCUUUAUUUAUGCUGCCUGCAUUUAUCCUGUAUAUCUGUUGUUUUUGUCCUGCUGUCUCUGUUUUGGAGAACAGCUCUGGAGAAUGUGUGUACACAUCAUUAUACCAAAGGCCACUUCUUCAGUUGUACGAGUGCAAUGUAAACCAACACACACAACAAUGGAAUAUGUGAAUUUAAACAGGGAUAAAAGUGGCAAGAUAUGUUAACAUUAACUUUUUUAUUGUACAAAAUAUAUAUUUUUUGUUUUCGUUUUUUAUUUAAAGUUCACGUUAUAUUACUGUGAAGUUUUGCUCAUCAGUGUUAAGCCUAUUGUAAAUAAUAAAGAUAUUGAUGAAUA